AUGGCUGAUUUGCCUAAGGAGCGCAUUCAGGCCUCACGAGCCUUCAUCGUCACAGGAGUGGACUACUGCGGUCCAUUUUAUUUCAAACCCGAAACCCGCAAUAAGUCACCCCAGAAAUGUUAUAUCAGCGCCUUCAUCUGUUUCGAAACCAAGGCCGUGUGGAUGGAGCUAGUGAGGGACCUUUCAACAGGUGCUUUCUUGGAAUCUCUCAAGCGAUUUACGGCAACACGCGGCAUGCCAAGCUGUAUUUGGUCAGACAACGCAACCAAUUUCGUAAGCGCUAAGAACGAGUUGAGGGACCUACAACGCCUACUCCUAAGCGAAGAGCACCGCAGCAAGGUUCACGUCUACUGCCUCAACAAUGGUUUCGACUGGCGAUUCAUACCACCUCGUUCACCACAUUUCGGCGGCUUGUGGGAAGCCGCAGGUAAAAUGGCUAAACAACACCUAUACCGCACUCUUGGCUCUGCAAUUCUUGGUUUCGAUGAAUUGCAAAAUCCAGAAGACCUUGAUGUUUUAACUCCAGGUCAUUUUCUUAUUGGCGGCCCGCUUACAGCUGCUCCUGAGCCUAACAUCACGCAUUUAAACUACAAUCGACUCGGUCAGUGGCAGCGUGUCACAUACUUCCAACAACUAUUUUGGAAACGAUGGAGCGAAGAAUACCUCACUCUUUUUCAACAAAGAGCAAAAUGGCGCACCCCUCACCCCAGUGUGCAAAUCAACGAUAUUGUAUGCAUUAAAGAUGAAAAUUCAGCGCCUCUUAAGUCGCCUCUUGCGCGCGUCAUCGAAGUCAUUACUGGUGAGGACGGUGUUGCACGAGUAGCUGUUCUACGUACAUCCACUGGCCUUACACGUCGAGCUGUUACUAAAUUGUGCCUCCUUCCGACUAAGGAAUCAGUUGAAAGCCCUGAACUUUCAACGGAGGGGAGGAUGUUGGGAGCAGCACCUAAUUUACAUGACAUAAUUUAA